AUGAGGAGUGUCAGUCUUCCUCUCUCCCGUUCACAGAAAAUCAUUGGUGUCUUCAAACCCAAGAACGAGGAGCCAUAUGGGCAUCUGAACCCCAAGUGGACCAAGUGGCUGCAGAAGUUAUGCUGCCCAUGCUGCUUUGGGAGAGACUGCCUCGUCCUCAACCAGGGCUACCUGUCAGAGGCAGGCGCCAGCCUGGUGGACCAGAAACUGGAACUCAACAUUGUUCCCCGCACAAAGGUGGUGUAUCUGGCCAGUGAGACUUUUAACUACAGUGCCAUCGACAGGGUGAAGUCCCGAGGGAAGAGGCUGGCCCUGGAGAAGGUGCCAAAAGUCGGCCAGCGCUUCAACCGCAUUGGUCUGCCACCCAAGGUGGGCUCCUUCCAGCUCUUUGUGGAAGGCUACAAGGAUGCUGAUUACUGGCUGCGGCGGUUUGAAGCUGAGCCACUCCCGGAGAACACCAACCGGCAGCUGCUGCUGCAGUUCGAGCGGCUGGUGGUGCUUGACUACAUCAUCAGGAACACAGAUCGGGGCAAUGACAACUGGCUCAUCAAGUAUGACUGUCCCCUGGACAGUGCGGGAGUGCGGGACAGCGACUGGGUGGUGGUGAAGGAACCCAUCAUCAAGCUGGCUGCUAUAGACAAUGGUUUGGCCUUUCCCUUGAAACACCCGGACUCCUGGAGAGCAUAUCCAUUCUACUGGGCAUGGCUGCCCCAGGCCAAAAUCCCCUUUUCACAGGAGAUCAAGGACCUGAUUCUUCCCAAGAUCUCAGACCCCAACUUUGUCAAGGACCUGGAAGAAGAUCUGUAUGAGCUCUUCAAGAAGGACCCUGGCUUUGACAGGGGACAGUUUCACAAGCAGAUUGCUGUGAUGAGAGGCCAGAUCCUGAACCUGACUCAGGCACUGAAAGAUGGGAAGAGCCCCCUGCACCUGGUUCAGAUGCCACCCGUGAUUGUGGAAACGGCGCGUUCCCACCAGCGCACCGCCAGCGAGUCCUACACGCAGAGCUUCCAGAGCCGGAAGCCUUUCUUCUCAUGGUGGUAGCUGUGAGAGCCGCAGGCAGGGCUUGGCCGCCUUGGACUAGCACUGCGAGAGGAGCUGUGCCACCGCCGGCUCCUGUGGCUGGGACUCGACCUUCUGGGUAGAGCGAGCAGGUGCAGCUGGAGGAACCUGCAGCUGAACUGGAGGAGCCAGGCAGGUCGGGCAUGGUCCCUCCCCAGCUCCGUUGGAGCUUGGUGCCCUGCCUGGGGCAGAGCCCAGGGGGAGGUGUGGGAAUCCGCUGGGAGCCAUGGUGUGGCUGGGCCCCUGCCUCCCUUCCUUGGCCUGCAUGUGGUUCUGAGCACCCCUGCCUGGGGCUGGGAUGAGCAGGCUACCUGGGCCAGGAUCCGUCCAGCCCUUUACACCAGCCACUGGCCCUUUUCCCCUCCAUGCCAGCUGCCGGGCUGGGAAGGCCUGUAGCGGGUUACACCCCUUCCUUUUCCCUGAGGGUGUGCUGUACUCCUCCACUGUCCCUCCUCUGCCCCAACCCCGUGCACGCUGCUUUCCUCAGGGGGAGUUCCUGCUGCCCACUGGCGCAGCGGGGACCGCAAUGAACGGCUGUUCUCUGGCUGGGGGCUGGAGGAGGGGAUGUUUGAGGGACAACUGGUGCAGUUAGACACUAGGGAGAGAGGUGCAGGCUUGUCUUUGUGAUGAGCAGGUGGCUCUGGGAGGGGCUGUAGCUUAGUGACACCCCCCCCCCCCAAGCUGGAGAGGGCUGCGGGUGGGUGCAAGCACCCUUUCCCCCUCUGCUGCCCCAGUCAUCCCUCCUGCCAGGUCUCCAUGGCUGCUCUUGCUUGGCUUUUGCCUGUGCUCCCAGCAAGCUCCCUGGCUGCUGUGCAGCCAGCGUGGUGCCAGCCUUGUCUGUGCCUAGGCCCCCCACUAGGGGCAGGGGGCUGCUGGGGAAGGGCUGGAGGGGCUCUUCUGCUGCAUGGGUGGGAGGUAUGAUGGGAGCAUGGGGGGGCCAGCAUGGGCUCCUGGCUGCCCUGGUGCUGACAAUCUCGCAGGCCUGCUGCUCUCUCCCCAGGGGCUGCUGAACUUGUGUUGUACAGAACAGUACCAGGGCUGCUGCCUGCAUCCGCUUGCCUUGAGCUGCGGCUUCUGCUGCUGGGGGAAGCCAGUGUUGGGUCUCGCUGUCCCAUCAGCCCAUUUUUGGCGGGU